AUGCAACAAGAACCACAUAAGACAGCAACCGUAUAUAUUCACCUGACACCGUUUAUCGGAUGGUCUCUCCGUGAUAUUACAAUGGAAUUUGGUGCCCCGUAUGAAAUACAGUUGAAUCAACACAUCAAGACUGACGCCAGUGUGGAAGACACAACCUACUGUACAACUAGUGUGUCUGAGAUGACAGGCUCAUGGCGCCACACCGAAAACAGGCUUGACGUGGACGCGUUCGACAUACAUAUUUGGGAUGUCCUUUUGGAAAGUGAUCAGAAAGCUAAUACGUCGAUAUGCAAAGAGGAGAUAGUACAGAAAUGUAGAGCAAACUGUGCAGAUCCUGUUGUAAGCGACCACAGUGGAUCGGCUAUGGAGACUGUAUGCGGUGAGCUGGAAACGCCUAUUGACAGGCACAGCAGUGAUUUUAGCAGACUAAAAGAACUAUUUGGAAGCCUAAUUACAUUUCCUGACAAGGACUCUGACUCCGAAUGGUGUGGUCAGCCCGGAACGCCAUGUUCACGAUGUGAUGACGAAGGAAACUCGACAUGCGCAAAUCGACUUCUAACGGCACAAAUGGCAGCAACUGUCACUAGAUUGGCUAAGUUCGUCAAAUCAGAAUGGGCCGAUCGUAGCCUAGUGCUACUAGAAGGCUGGAGCGAACCGACGUCUCAGUAUCCGAAUGGUAAAUACGGUGAUAGCUCAUUACACUAUGAAGGUCGUGCUGCAAAAGUAGGAGUGAGUGUUCCAGCAAAUUCAUCUGAUGGAAGCACCUCGCUUGAGGAUCACCCAGAUAUUGUUAACCGUCUACUUGAACUAACUUCGUGUGCCGGAUUCGCAUUUUACGCGGUUACGUCAGAAACAGAUAAGAACAGCAUUGAUACGUGUUUGAAGAAACCUGUGACACCAGAAAGGAGACGGCGGAGAGAGGCAUCUAGAGAGGAACUAGAAGAUACCGAAAAGCAACGUUUUUUGGACAAAUUAAGCAAUUUAGUUUUGAGAUCCAAGCAAACGCCUUCAUCUCACUUUAAUACCUAUUCCAUGUACCCCAAGGAUAAAGCUGUCAUUGAUAUACUUGGUCCUGUUGAUGAGAAAUUCGCUGUGGAUAAUAACGCACAAAUGAAAAGAAUGAUGCAGUAUCCACUGGCUAACGUUAGCUUUCCCCCCGAGGGUCCAGCGAACUCGGCCUGUGGCACGACCACUAGACGAUGUAGGGACUGCAAGACGUACGAUGUAAGGGACGAUCCCUGGGAUUGGUGCCUGACCCGGACAAUGACCCCUAGAAUGGCUUUAAGGCUUCGACGACUUUCUAUUCUCAGUACAGGUCAACUGGCUGUGGUAGUACCACAGGAACAAGACGAUGCCGAUGUCAUGAAAUAUGGGAACGUCGGCAGAGCGUUGCGACUAAAGACUGCGACAGCAACCCUAACUCAGAAAUCCCUUGCCAACCUAGCUAUUUCUGCGGGGUUUGACUUCAUUGCCCUUUCCGGAACUUUAACUGUGGACGUGUUUGUACGAGAUCAGGCGGGUUACUGGGCCACCCUGGAGGUCUACCCUCGACUCAGCAUGUUACAUGUCAAUCCUCCUUCAUCCGAUGUCGAGGAUUACAAACCUAUAUUCGUGAAAUCAGAGUCUGCCGAAACUAUUUCCGGUAUAGUUGAUGGCAUCAAUGACAAGUUACACAUAUCUGACAAUUACAUCGUUUCCGAUUUUAAGCCAUUUGAUAAACGUUAUUUUCGUGUGGACCUGCGACUAUUGGAAUGCCUGGAAGAGGUCACUAGUGAUUUAGGCAGUAGACUACAGAUUUUAACGAGCUACAAAACUCGUUCAAUGAACGACGAAAACAUCGAGGGAAGACAUGACGAGGAGAAAAUAUUUUACACCCGAGGCCAAGCUGUACAGAUAAAGGGUUAUAGCAUCGGUGACAAAACUAGCCAUGACCUAACUACCAUUGCCUCCUCGCUGAUCAAGACAUGUGUCCCUGCACUAACUCUUAAGCAGAUGACAUUGAGUAUCGGCUGCCAUGCUACGUUUCUGUAUGUCGAUGUGAGGGAGAAGGAAGGCGAUAUCUCCGUCAACUUCUGGAACGCGGGCAAUGACCCUUUACAUAACAGCGUGAAACGUUUGGUAGAGGUUCAUCAGAAAGGUGGAGUUCUAGUCCAAAGUAAAAAUACUGGCACAAAGUGCAGUCGCCAACCAUUAGGAACUGAAGCGUUCUACAUCAAAUACGGGGACAGUGACUGUACCCCAGGUGGUUAUUAUGCCAACUUUUGUGAUGACACUAAAAAGCAUAGAGAGGACUUGUCCGCCAGCCUCGUGUCACAUCUCUGGUCGGGUGCGCAAGCACUCUCCAAACCUAAACUAGCCGGACAAACCAACGCCUGCUUGGUCAACAACUGUGGGGGAUGUAUCGGCAAAGGUGAUGUCUGGAACAGAAAGCUCCACGCCUGCUUUGGUCUCCUGAAGAUGAUUACUGAUGCCACGGCCUCUCCCUUCCCUGAUAUGACAGAUACCUCGGCAUUCUUCAAUACGGAAAAUCACGACUCGAAGAUUCAAUCAUUGGCAUGCCAUGACGACAGCGUUUGCAUUGAAAAUCUUCCACUCUUCUCACACUUCAUUACAACGGUGAACAAGAAAUACCGACCAUUUGAGGAUAAAACAAUCGAAGAGAUGCUGUUUGGACCAGGAGAUAACCCAUCACCUCUACUCGAUAUGUUAGAACAAGAAAUGGCGUACCGGGUCAGAGGUCAUGUCCGGGUUUAUAUAGAAACCAAAGACGACCUGUCUGCUUUGGAUCAGGUUUUAAAGAUUUUAAUGGUGUACAACAAGAAUGUGACAGAACUCUCCGUUGAGAUAAUAAACGAGUCAUUGCGUGACUUCACCAGACUUAGAAUGCAAAAGAAAAUUGAAAAAUGGAGUAAUUCCGUCUGUCCCUCUCUCAGUCGACAAGUCAUCGCCCCUUACACCAUAUCUCCAAUACCGGAAGUUCGAACACGCCGCAGUAUAGAACUCAGUAAGCAUCGAAACAAACGGAAAGCACAAAUGCGGAACUGGGAACUGGAAUGGGCUUCGAAUAUUAGCCUGUAAUAGAACGUUGAUAAAACGUUACUCAACAUAUACCUUUUAUUCUGAAUAAGAAUUGCAUAUAACCAUAACUAUCAGUGUUGUGCUAUCCCCCUCGUACUGUUUA